AUGGGACAUAAAUCUAAGAAUUUUAAUCAUUAAACUCCCAUAAAAGAUUAGAUUUUUGUAAAUUAAAAUUUCCAUAUCUUUGAUCUUUAGGAUAAUAAAGCUGAUGAUAGUUACUCAAAAAGCCUUUUGCAGCAUUCUUUGAUUAACUCAUCAAGAGAAUAUAUAAAUUUACCAGAUAGUAAAAGUAUUUAAUCUCAUAGAAACAGCAAAGAAAAACUUAUGAUUGGGAGUUCUUUGCCAAUAAAAUAUUACAAAUUUUAAGAUCAAAAAUAAGACAAAGUUCAACUCUUUUCUAAAGAUGUGCUUGGUUCAAAUUUACAAAAAAGCCCAAAAAAUUAAAAAAUUGAAAAGGAGCAGCAACAAGAAAUAAAAUUUUAAUCUUGCUACUUGCGAAACAUGAUGCCUCUAAACAGCCCAGCUAUCUUCUAUAAGAGAAUGAAAAACUGUAAAGUAGUUAGAGCGAAUACUCCUGCUAAUCUAGAGGAAGGAUCUAAAGAAUUAUAAAACAGGAGUAAUAUGCAGAUACCUAUUUUAGUUUUUGACUCUUCCAAUUCACAAAGUCCACAAAAGAUGCAAAAUGUUUAUAAUGAAUAAUAAUCUUUUAGAUAGUGCCUUUACUAAUAAUUAGGAUUUUUAAAGGAGCAAAAGGAAGAUUUCUAAGAUGUUAUUAUAAAAAAUAAUGAAAUUUUAGAGAGUGAAAAAUAAGGAAUUGAAAAUCAAGAUUAGAAAUACCACCAGCAUUAAAUAUUUUAAGAAGUUUCAUCACAAAUAUAAUUUAAGUAGCUUUAAAGUACUACUAGUGCAAUUAGUACUACUGAAAAAUCAUAAAGAACUAAAAGUGCAAAUAAUAGUUAUAGAAAACAAAGAAAUAUCAAUGAUGAUGGUGAUUAACUAUUUCAAAAUUUGUUAGUAAUCAACAAUUAAAAAAAUAAUAACAAUUCAGAUGAUAAUUAAUUACAAAACAUUUAGUAAUAUUAAAAUAAGACAUUUUUUUAAGAUAAGCUCAUAUAACAAACUAAUUAUUUAAUCAAUGAAUAGCACAAUUUUAGUUAAAAAUAUCAAUAAGCAUAAUAACCUACUUAACUCUCACCUUUUCAACAUAUUUAGAAAUAAAAGAAAAAUUAAAUUUUAUAAAGGAUACAAAAUACUAAAAAACUAUAAUAAAUAAGAUACAGCCCUCAGAAAUAUUAAAUCUAAGCACACUCUGACUAUAAAAAAGAAAAAGUAAAUUCAGAUAGUAAAAAGGAAUAAUUCCUUUCAGAGAAUAAAAAUGAUUAAUUAAAUUCUAUAAGUAAUGAAAAUAAGACAGAUAUUAAUAGCUCCUUUUAAAAUUCAUAUUAUAAAAAUCAUCAAAUUUAAGUUUAACAAGAAUAAAAAGAGAGUUAAGAAGAGAUAAAAUUAAAUCUUAAUAAAAUUAAAAAUGAAUUGACUUCUUCUUCAUCUGAAGAAGAGGAAAUAUCUCCUUUAAAUGUACUGAAUUAAAGGCAUUUAUUGACUCCAAAAUCUGUUUAAAAGAAUAAUCAAAUUCAGUUAUUUAAAUAAAAAUAAGAUAAUAUAUUAAUCUACCUUGAAGAUAUUAGAAAGCAGCAAGAUUAGCAGCUGCAAUUAAUAGAAUAAUCUUUAACUGAAAGAAAGAAUGAAAAUAUCAAUAAAAGUAACUAGAUAUUAAAUUUUAAUUCUUUUUUAAAUUUAAGUGAGUCACAUGUCCAACAAAUAAACUCUGAUAAAAUCAAAAAUAAUCUAUAAAAUCAUUACAUGCUUCAAGAAUAGAACUUAAAUGAGUAAAAAAAUAGUUCUACAACUGAUUAAAUUAAUAAAAAUAUUAGAAAAAACUCUCUUUUAAGUUUCUUUCGUGGUUAAAUUAGUUAGACAACUCCACAGAGAAAUAAAGGAUCUGCUUUAAACUAAUAUGAAAAUUUAAAUGAAAACAUGUUUAAAUCUAAUUAUUAUGAAUUUGUAGAAUAAUGUGAUUUAAAAAACUAGUUUUAAAACAUAUAGAAUAGCAUUUACAUAUUAAAAAAUGAAGAAUUUGAUGGCAAUACCUCAAAAGUAAAUACUAUUCAUUCAAAUGGAAAUAACGAUUACAGCCAUAGCUUGACUAGAAAGUAUGAUACAUAAUUUGAAAGAUAAAUAGUGAGACAAUAAAAAACUAAUCAAAAAAUAUAAAGGAUAGAAGCUUCAAAUUAAAGUAGCAUCGAAAAACUAGAUACAAGAAUUUAUUUUUCUUCUACAGCUAAUAGCCCUACAAGAGCUAAAAAUUAGUCUGCUUUAUCUCAGUUAGAAUGUAUUAAAGAUGAGCCUAAGCGCAGUAGAAUUAUACAUUCUUCGUAUGAUAAAAGUAGAAGUGAUGUUGUCUCUUAAAAGGUUUGUAAUGAAGUAGAAAAGAAUAUUGCAAACAUCAAGAGCAGAAUAAAUAGGAUAAACCCUUUUUUGAUAGCAAAAGCAAAAGAAGAAAUACCAGGAUUUAUAUCUGAGUUAAAAUAAAAAGAAUUUGACAUGGAAAAUAUUUAAGGAUUAUAGACAGAGAGAAAAGAUAGAAUGUACUCUGCUAGAUUGAGGAGUGCAAAUUAGAAGAAAUAAUCUUCCUCUGAUAUGAAAAGCAAGUAAUAAACAAAAGAAACAGGCAAGAAUUGUAUAGUUGUAAUUAAAGAUAGAUAAUCCUACUACAAUUAAAAAUCAGCAAGUACUUGCAGCUCACCAUCUUAGAAGUAUGUGUGGAAUAAAUUAGUAGAAAGUAAACCUGUUGAGAUGAAUUUAGAGCUGUGGAAUAUGAUAACACGAUUCCUGAGUGUUGCUGACUUAAGCUUUACAAGACAAGUAAGUAAAUCGUGGAAUAAAUAUGCCUUAAAUGUGAUUUAAGAGAGACACAGAAAUUAAUUAUUGAUAGAUACUUAAAAGUCUGAAGAAAUAAAGAAAAAAUAUGAUAUUUAAAUGAUAUACAAAGUAUUAAAUUCAAAAACAUAAGAUAUUUAUUAAUUAUUUGGACCAAUGUGUAGUUUUUCGAUACAAUAGUUGUAGCAGCCUUUGUUUUUAAGUUUUCAGCCUCCUUGCUUAAAAAUAACUCUUGAGUGUUUCCGCCUCUUUCUUUAUCAAAACAAAAUAUAUACUUUUAACAACAUUUUAUUUCAAUAAAAAUAAAAGAAAAUCAAUCAUCAUAAUUUAAGUGGAGAAUCAUUAGGCUUACAAAACAUGAUAAAUUAAAUAGAAAAAAAAAGCAAUAGAAUUAAUGACAACACAUGUAGCAACUAUUCAGGUAAAAUAUUUAAUAGCAGUAACUCUGGUUUACUCAAUACAAAUAUAGCAACAAAUGCUAUACAAGUAUAUGAAGACAAUUCAAGAAUGCAAGCUAUGAGAAAAAGGUAUUAUAGCAAAUUAUUUCUGGGAGAAAACAUGAAUAAGCUAAGUAUCUUGCAUGAUGCAGUGAAUUAAAAAAAAGAUUUACUUUGGUUUAUUUGCACUUUUGAUUACAAUUAAUUUGAAAAAAUUUAAAGAUUAUUAAAACAAAAUUCAAAAAUAAUGUAUUCAAAACAAAUUUUAACUUAGUAUGGAGAAGUUGUUUUUAAAAUCACAGAUCUUUUAUUAGGAAUUGUAGCAUUGUAUAAAAAGCUAUAAUAGCAUUAUCCUCACAUUAUUUAAUAUGUAGAUUCAAUAAGAUAUUAUUACACUAUUCAUUAUUAGAUAGGAGAUAAGAUAAAUAAAUAGAUUUGA